GAUAAUGGGAUACGCAUGAACUGAUGGAAAGUUUCAGGGCUGGAAGUUGCAAGUUGGAACAGAAGCGCACCGAGCUGGAGGAGGAAAAGUUCUGGAGAACAUGUUCCUCAAGGGUCUGAGGACACCAGCAGAGGAUUAUCGAGCUGAUCUGAACGUACUAACGUGGAUUUAAAGUAUUUAUGGUGGAACUUUACAUCUCAGGAAAGAAAACCCGCCCUGUAAGUAACAAGUAAUCCUGGACAUUUCUGGACUCUGGUGACUGGAUAACAGCUUCAGGUACCAAGAACUGUGCUGCUCCUAACAUCUCAGCGGAUACAUUUUAAGACAUGCUCGACCUUCCGUGACUCUUCACUUUUCAGUAAAAAGAGAAAACUGUCACCUGAAGAAUGCAAAUGUCCUCGUGUGGCAACUCGUCCCCUCUACCGUUCCCCAGACCGUUCCCCGUCCCCGCUCCUCCCUCCAGCUCCCCGCUCCCACCAUCACCGUCUCCGUCCGCGAGCCCGCCGAGCCUGACCUGCGGCCGCCUGUCUAACGGCAGCGCCAGCGCCCCGAGCCCGACCCAUUCCCGCGAGUCCUUCCAAGGCGUGUCCUUCCUCCUGCAGAUCGGCCUCACGAGAGAGACGGUGAACCUGGACGCCAGCGACGUGUCCCUGUCCGCGGUCAAGGAGCUGGUGUGUUCCAUCGUGGAUCAGAAGUUUCCAGAAUGCGGCUUCUUCGGCAUGUACGAUAAGAUCCUGCUCUUCCGGCAUGACCUGAGCUCCGAGAACAUCCUGCAGCGCCUGACCUCAGCUGAGGACAUCCACGAGGGAGAUCUGAUCGAGGUCGUCCUGUCAGCUCAUGCUAAGGUCGAGGACUUCCAGAUCCGGCCUCACGCGCUCUACGUCCACUCGUACAAGGCCCCGGCCUUCUGCGACGACUGCGGAGAGAUGUUGUGGGGUCUCGUCCGGCAGGGGCUCAAGUGUGAAGGAUGUGGUCUUAAUUACCACAAGCGCUGCGCCUUUAAAAUCCCCAACAACUGCACAGGAGUGCGAAAGAGACGCCUGUCCAACGUGUCCCUGCCCGGAUCCUCGCUGUCUAUCCCCCGGCCUGCACCCACCGAGAGCGUAGUCAUGACCUGCGAGGAGCAGAGGCCGCUGUUGGAGGCGGGGAAGCGGAUCCCGUCGUGGAGCGGUCGCCCCAUCUGGAUGGAGAAGAUGGUUUUGGGGCGGGUCAAGGUGCCGCACACCUUCAACGUGCACACGUACACCAGACCCACCAUGUGCCAGUACUGCAAACGCCUGCUCAAGGGUCUGUUCCGCCAGGGCAUGCAGUGCAGAGACUGCAAAUUCAACUGUCACAAGCGCUGCGCGUCCAAGGUUCCGAGAGACUGUCUGGGUGAGGUGGUGUUUAAUGGAGAACUAGCCAGUUCAGGACAGGAUUCUGAGGCCACCAUGGAGGUUGACAGCAGCGAUGUGAAUAGUGAGAGCAGCAGAGGGAUGGAUGAUUCGGAGGAGGUGUCCACUCCAGAGGACAUGGACGCUCCGUAUAUGUCUGGAGAACGGGAUGAGGAAAUUGUCAACGCUAUCAGUCCGUCCACCAGCACUAACAUUCCCCUGAUGCGUUUGGUUCAGUCCAUCAAGCACACCAAGAGACGGAGCUCCACUCUGGUGAAGGAGGGCUGGAUGGUGCACUACACCAGCCGUGAUAACCUGAAAAAGAGACAUUACUGGAGGCUGGACAGUAAGAGCCUGACUCUCUUCCAGAACGAUUCCGGAGCCAAAUACUACAAGGAGAUCCCGCUUUCGGAGAUCCUGCAGGUAGAUCCAGCGCGGGACUUCAGGAGCCUGGCGCAGGGGAGCAACCCUCACUGUUUCGAGAUCAUCACAGACACCAUGGUGUAUUACGUCGGCGAGAACACGGGGGCGCUGCAGCCCAGCGCCACACUGGCAGCGUCUGGAGUUGGACUGGAAGUGGCACAGGCGUGGGAGAAGGCCAUCCGCCAGGCCCUGAUGCCGGUCACCCCUCAGCCCAGCGUGUGCAGCGGCCAAGGAAAAGACCACAAAGAACUUUCUAUCAGCAUCUCAGUAUCCAACUCACAGAUCACAGAGAAUGUGGAUAUCAGCUCAGUCUACCAGAUCUUUGCAGACGAGGUUCUGGGGUCAGGACAGUUCGGGAUUGUUUAUGGAGGCAAACACAGAAAAACAAAGAGAGACGUUGCUAUUAAGGUCAUAGACAAGAUGAGGUUUCCUACCAAGCAGGAGAGUCAGCUGAGGAACGAAGUGGCCAUCUUACAGAAUCUGCACCACCCUGGCAUCGUAAACCUGGAAUGCAUGUUUGAAACCCCUGAACGGGUGUUUGUUGUGAUGGAGAAACUGCAUGGUGACAUGCUGGAGAUGAUCUUAUCCAGCGAGAAGAGCCGACUGCCCGAGCGUCUCACCAAAUUCCUGGUGACUCAGAUUCUGGUGGCUCUGAGACAUCUUCAUUUUAAGAACAUUGUUCAUUGUGACCUGAAGCCUGAGAACGUGCUUUUGGCGUCGGCGGAACCUUUUCCACAGGUGAAGCUGUGUGACUUCGGUUUUGCUCGUAUCAUCGGAGAGAAAUCGUUCCGCCGCUCGGUGGUGGGAACCCCGGCGUACCUGGCUCCCGAGGUGCUGCGCAGCAAAGGCUACAACCGCUCCCUGGAUAUGUGGUCCGUGGGCGUCAUCGUGUACGUCAGCCUGAGCGGCACGUUCCCUUUUAACGAGGACGAGGACAUCAACGAUCAGAUCCAGAACGCCGCCUUCAUGUACCCGCCCCACCCCUGGAAGGAGAUCUCUGGAGAAGCGAUUGAUCUGAUCAACAAUCUGCUUCAAGUGAAGAUGAGGAAACGCUUCAGUGUAGAUAAAUCUCUCAGUCACCCCUGGCUUCAGGACUAUCAGACGUGGCUGGACCUGCGGGAGUUCGAGACCCGGCGAGGCGAGCGCUACAUCACCCACGAGAGCGACGACGCCCGCUGGGAGGAAUUCGCUGGCCAGAGAAAGCUCCCUCAUCCGAAGCACUUCAUAAUGUCUCCGAACCUGGAUGACAUGGAGGAGGACCCCUAGUGGCCGGGAGGAUACACAUGCAGUUGCUUUUGAAUGAUACACGGUAGCGCCUACACCUUUCUGGAGGUGCCGUGCUCCUUCAGGCCAGUAAAGACACUGACAGUGAUGGCAGUGACAAAAGGCAGGUGGAAAUGAUCUACUGAUAUCGAAUGUAGCUCGUGCGACGAGAUGAGUGAGGUGGAGACCCAGCACGUGGACACGCCUCAGGCCGCUCUUUAUUUUACGUUCCAGAGGCGUGAUGUGGUGUUUCGUCUUUAAUUUACUUACUGCAUUCCAGCAUUUGGGGAUUAUUUUAUUAUCAAUAAUGGACAUUCGCACUGCCGUUCUACCCUGGUGAAGCACAGCGAGGUGGACUGAUCCUCAAUCUGCUGGACGGCCAGUGGGAGCUCUGUAGCCUGUAAAGCUGUCUAAUUUUUCUACUUUUAUUAUGUGAUAUUUUAAAGCAAAAUGAUAUUUCAAUACGACGUUUUUACGAGGAAAGUAGGUCGUGUCUGAGGUAUUGAUUUAAAACUGGAAAAUGAAGGAUGCCUGGACCAGGACUCUGGUGGAAUGAUGAUCGACAUAAUGAGAAGACUUUAUGGAUGAAUAUAUUUAAGGAAGCAUAAAGCCGAUGGUGAAUGUUGGAUAAACUGAUAUUGCUGAUGACUGACCAUUUUUAUUCUUUUUAUUGCAGUAA